AUGUGCCCUCAAGCUCCGACGCUUCACCAUAUAUUCUUUGCUGAUGGCAGUUUAUUGUUUGGCACCGCCACAAUGGAAGAGUAUGUGGCCUUCAAACAAAUCUUGUGGACCUAUGAAAAGGCUUCUGGACAAAAGGUGAAUUUUCAAAAGAGUAGCGUUGUCUUUAGUCUAAAUGUCAACAUGGAGCUCCAACACACUCUGGCAUCUAUCCUUGCAGUGAAAAGAGAAGAAGAGCAUCAUAAGUACCUUGGAUUGCCAUUGAAGGUUGGCAAGUCCAAAACAGCAAAGUUUGCUUACAUCAAAGAGAGAUUGUCCAAGAAGUUGAUAAGUUGGAAAGCCAAAAUUCUUAGUUGUGCGGGCAAAGAAGUCCUCAUCAAAGCCAUUGCUCAAACAAUGCCUCUAUAUGCAAAUGAAUUGCUAUUUGCUUCCUAA